UAGGUUUACGUCUUGUUCAAGCUGCAUCAAUGGAGCACAUACAAGGGGCCUGGAAGACGAUCAGCAAUGGUUUUGGAUUCAAAGAUGCGGUGUUUGAUGGUUCCAGCUGCAUCUCCCCUACAAUAGUUCAACAGUUUGGCUAUCAGCGCCGGGCGUCAGAUGAUGGCAAACUCACAGACUCUUCGAAGACAAGCAACACCAUCCGUGUUUUCUUGCCGAACAAGCAAAGAACAGUGGUCAAUGUGCGCAAUGGGAUGAGCUUGCACGACUGCCUUAUGAAAGCUCUCAAGGUGAGGGGCCUGCAACCGGAGUGCUGUGCGGUGUUCAGACUUCUCCAGGAGCACAAAGGUAAAAAAGCUCGUUUAGAUUGGAAUACUGAUGCUGCCUCUUUGAUUGGAGAAGAACUUCAAGUAGAUUUCCUGGAUCACGUUCCCCUCACAACACAUAACUUUGCUCGGAAGACGUUCCUGAAACUUGCCUUCUGUGACAUCUGCCAGAAAUUCCUGCUCAAUGGAUUUCGAUGUCAGACUUGCGGCUACAAAUUUCAUGAACAUUGUAGCACCAAAGUACCUACUAUGUGUGUGGACUGGAGUAAUAUCAGACAGCUCUUGUUAUUUCCCAAUUCCAUCGUCGGCGAUGGUGGGGCCCCCGCACUACCUUCCUUGACAAUGCGCCGGAUGCGAGAGUCUGUCUCGCGGUUGCCUGUCAGUUCCCAACACAGAUAUUCCACACCCCAUGCCUUCACGUUCAACACCUCCAGCCCCUCCUCCGAGGGCUCCCUGUCCCAGAGGCAGAGGUCGACGUCCACACCUAAUGUCCACAUGGUCAGCACCACCCUGCCUGUGGACAGCAGGAUGAUUGAGGAUGCAAUUCGAAGCCACAGCGAAUCAGCCUCACCUUCAGCCCUGUCCAGCAGUCCCAACAACCUGAGCCCAACGGGCUGGUCACAGCCCAAAGCCCUCGUGCCAGCACAAAGGGAGCGUGCACCGGGACCUGGGACCCAGGAGAAAAACAAAAUUAGGCCUCGCGGACAGAGAGAUUCCAGCUACUACUGGGAAAUAGAAGCCAGCGAAGUGAUGCUUUCCACUCGGAUUGGGUCAGGCUCCUUUGGAACUGUCUACAAGGGCAAGUGGCAUGGAGACGUUGCAGUAAAAAUCCUAAAGGUGGUCGACCCAACUCCGGAGCAGUUCCAGGCGUUCAGGAAUGAGGUGGCCGUCCUGCGCAAAACGCGGCAUGUGAACAUCCUGCUGUUCAUGGGCUACAUGACGAAAGACAACCUGGCCAUCGUGACCCAGUGGUGUGAGGGCAGCAGCCUCUACAAACACCUGCAUGUCCAGGAGACCAAGUUCCAGAUGUUCCAGUUAAUUGACAUUGCCCGGCAGACGGCUCAGGGGAUGGACUAUUUGCAUGCGAAGAACAUCAUCCACAGAGACAUGAAAUCCAACAAUAUAUUUCUCCACGAAGGCUUAACAGUAAAAAUUGGAGAUUUUGGCCUGGCAACAGUGAAGUCGCGCUGGAGUGGCUCUCAGCAGGUGGAACAGCCCACUGGCUCUGUCCUGUGGAUGGCCCCAGAGGUGAUCCGAAUGCAGGAUAACAACCCGUUCAGCUUCCAGUCUGACGUCUACUCCUACGGCAUCGUGCUGUACGAGCUGAUGACGGGGGAGCUGCCGUACUCCCACAUCAACAACCGCGAUCAGAUCAUCUUCAUGGUGGGCCGAGGGUAUGCCUCUCCGGAUCUCAGUAAGCUGUACAAGAACUGCCCCAAGGCAAUGAAGAGGCUGGUGGCCGACUGUGUGAAGAAGGUUAAGGAAGAGAGGCCCCUUUUUCCCCAGAUCCUGUCUUCCAUCGAGCUGCUCCAACACUCUCUACCGAAAAUCAACCGGAGUGCUUCUGAGCCAUCCCUGCACCGGGCAGCCCACACUGAGGACAUCAACGCCUGCACGCUGACCACGUCCCCGAGGCUGCCUGUCUUCUAGCAGACCGUGCACCUGCGCUCAGAUGCCAGGGAGGAAGCCAGCCGGCUCUGCUUUCUGCCCGCUUCCUACGGAGGCAGAGCAGGUUUCCAGAGAGCUGCUAAGGACCUUCUGGAUACUCACAGGGCCUUAACUUCACGUGGCCUUCUUUUCUACCCACCCUGGCCCUGGAGGAGGCGGCCAUCACGACGCUGGUCUGUUCUCCCUGCCUCAUCCCCGCGCUCACCUUCCAGAUGCACCGAGGGAUGCCGGCCGCAGUGCAAAAGCUGGGGCCCCAGCUGUCAGCUGAACGCGUGUAGGUAGGGCAGAAAGAGCACCCGGAGGGGAAGUCACGGUGGGCAGCCGGGCUCUGCCAUGGAGACACGUGGGAUUUGGGAACCCACUUCUGUGAGGAACGCCUGUCACAGGAGGGUCUCUCCCGCAGAGACGUUGGCGCAGCUCCUGACAGUUUUGCACAUAACACACCAAACGGCCCGGGGCUGCCGCGACUCGCUUGCCGGGGCCUGCUGUGGUACUACGGAACCUGACUUGGGGGGAACCUGACUUGGGGCCGCGUGCUCGCUCAGCCUGAGGCGUCUGGAUGGCUUCCUGGCCGGCGCUCGGCCUCUCCUCCCACCACAGCCUCCCUCGCAGGGAGCAGGCCCCCACCGUGUGUGUAUCGUCUUCCAGGAGCUGCCCCCAUGGGGCAGACCAUAGGGCCAGCCUUGUCCCGUCACAUCGUGUGUGCAAGGAAGCAAGGAACACAGGUUUUCUUGACAAUUUGAGUUUUAAUUUUGUUUUUAUUGCGCCUGACAAAAUACAGUUAUCUAAUGGUUCCUCAAUUAUGUUAUUUUAAUAAAAUAAAUUAAAUUUAGGUUUAA